AUGGUCGUGUUAGUGUCGCCAGAAGGAGAUCAUUAUCCCGUCAUAGCUAAACUUAACUUCUAUUGCACCAAUAAUGUGGCCGAAUAUGAAGCUUAUGUCAUGGGUCUUCAGGCAACAAUCGAGAGGAAAAUUCACGUUUUGGAAGUAUAUGGGGACUCUGCUUUGGUCAUUUAUCAGUUACGAGGAGAAUGGGAGGCACGUGACUCGAAGUUAAUCCGGUAUCAUAAGUAUGUUUCAAAGCUGAUUGAAAAUUUUGAUAAGAUUUGCUUCACCCAUUUGCCUCGAGAGGAGAACCAAAUGGCUGAUGUAUUAGCCACGCUGGCAGCAAUGUUCAAAGUUGGUACCAAUGUCAAGAUUCAACCCAUCAUGAUUAAUCUUCGAGAAUGCCCUGCACACUGCUUUAGUGUAGAGGAAGAAAUAGACGGGAAACCGUGGUACCAUGAUAUUGUGCAUUAUCUCAAGUUUCAACAGUAUCCAAAAUAA